AAGACAUGUGACCAAAGUUUCGCCCCAAGCUUUAACGAGAAUUUGCAAGUAAUAAAAAAUUACCCAAGAGGAGAUUCCGACCGUUAUCUUUCAAAGAUUGGCGGGAACAAAACCCGACCAGACAAAAUGGCGUCAUUUCCGGUGUUUGUUACAGCGAUGGAUUUUCGGUACUACCCAUAUAGUCAAGGAAUGUUUUUCUCGUUACACUCUGUACUAGAUGCUGAGAAGAACAAGGGUAAAAGUCGUCUGAUUGUGUAUGAUUUAGGCUUGUCAGAGCGUCAAUUAAAAGUGUUACGUCAAAAGUGUAAAUGUGAAAUUAGAAGGUUUCCAUUUGAAAUAUUCCCGCCACAUGUACGUAAUCUGAAAACCUAUGCCUUCAAACCAUUAAUAGUCCAGAUGACACUUUUGGAAUUUGGUUUCGUUUGGUGGAUUGACAUUUCAGUAAAAUUGAUAACGAUCAAUUUAGACGGUGCAAUAAACUAUGCCAAAAAGAAUAGCAUGCUGUUCUUUGUGGAAAGAUCUUAUCCUAGAAGAGUCAGUAUAGCGAAGCAGACGGACAUUCGAACGUUCAAUUAUUUAGCAGAAGACAUAUGUAAAUAUAGAUCUUUUGGAGAAGUUUGGGCAACAACGGUUGUGUUUCAUUAUGAUCAUAUAACAAAAGCUGUGGUGAAUGCAUGGGCGUCGUGCGCUUUGAAUGAAGCUUGCAUUGCGCCGGUAGGGGAGGACAAACUUAAAUGUGAUUUCCUUGAUAUAAGCGACGGGAGAUGUCAUCGAUUUGACCAAUCAGUAUUAGGGAUAAUACUCCGUCGCUUGUAUCACGAGCAAAAUGAAUAUCCUUUAGACAAAAAAUUAAAUAAUAUUUAUUUUAUAAAAAGGCGAGAGUUGGUAAACUAUUUGGAACGUUGUAAUUUUGAAUCCGCUUGUUACUAAAUAUGGAUUUUU